AAAUGAAACGUAAAAACUUUUGGUAGGUUAUUUCUGGGACACCCUGUAUUUCAACCAGGUGAUCAAAUCAUUAGUGAAGGAACUAUUGGAGAUAAAAUAUAUUUUGUACAAGAAGGAAUUGUUGAUAUUAUUUCAUCUGAUGAAGAAGUUUUAACUACAUUAUUUGAUGGACCUUAUUUUCGAGAAAUUUGUUUAUUAACUCGAGCUAAACGUGUCGCAAGUGUUCGUUGUGUAACAUAUUAUAAUUUAUAUUUAUUAGAUGCAAAUCAAUUUGAAAGAGAAAAAAAUCCAUCAAUAAUAUCAACACAACAUGAUUUAAAAGGUGAUGCUGCUGGUUUAAAAGAUAUGAUUGAUCGUGUUACACGUCAAUCAUCAAGUGAUGAAUAUUCUGAUGAAGAUCAAGAUAAAGACCAAGAUUGUCAAAUAUCAUCAUCUUCUUCUUCGUCAUCAAACACAAAUAAAAGAAUUGAUUUAAACUCGUCAUUCAUAUCUUUACAUAAACAAUUUCAUAAAUCCAAUGAUCAAUUGGAAUAUUUGAAUAAAAGAAUAAAAAGAAAAUCUUUAUCAGAAGAAAAAAAAACUUGA